CGUCGGUGCUCCUCGGCGCUUCCCAUGGCUCAGCCCGAGAGCCGACUUCGGGCGCCGGACGGGCUCGACCGCGGCGCUGCUCAGUAACUGGCGGCCUGCGACACCCAUGUGUCACUGAUUAGGAGGCAUUACCCGCGGCAGCGCUUCAUGACCCAGCGGCGCCGGGCCCAGUGAAGCCACCAUGGUGUCCAGCACGGCCGCGCUGCUCCUGGGCGCGGUGCUGCUGGUGGCCCAGCUCCAGCUAGUGCCUUCCCGCCCCGCAGCGCCCGGGGACGCGCAGGGCCAGCCGGAGCUCGCGCGCAGAGCCGCCAGCCUCCAGGGUGAGGGCCGAGAAGGCGCGGCCCCCAACGGCUCGGCCCAGCAGCUGCCGCAGACCAUCAUCAUCGGCGUGCGCAAGGGCGGCACGCGCGCGCUGCUGGAGAUGCUCAGCCUGCACCCCGACGUGGCGGCCGCCGAGAACGAGGUCCACUUCUUCGACUGGGAGGAGCACUACAGCCAAGGCCUGGGCUGGUACCUGGGCCAGAUGCCCUUCUCAUCCCCGCACCAGCUCACGGUGGAGAAGACCCCCGCGUACUUCACGUCGCCCAAAGUGCCUGAGCGCGUCCACAGCAUGAACCCGGGCAUCCGGCUGCUGCUCAUCCUGCGGGACCCGUCCGAGCGCGUGCUGUCCGACUACACGCAAGUGUUCUACAACCACGUGCAGAAGCGCAAGCCCUACCCGUCCAUCGAGGAGUUCCUGGUGCGCGACGGCCGGCUCAACGUGGGCUACAAGGCGCUCAACCGCAGCCUCUACCACGUGCACUUGCAGAACUGGCUGCGCUUCUUCCCGCUGCGCCGCAUCCACAUAGUCGACGGCGACCGCCUCAUCAGGGACCCUUUCCCGGAGAUCCAGAAGGUCGAGCGGUUCCUGAAGCUGUCGCCGCAGAUCAACGCCUCGAACUUCUACUUUAACAAAACCAAGGGCUUUUACUGCCUGCGGGACGGCGGACGGGACCGCUGCUUGCACGAGUCCAAAGGCCGGGCGCACCCCCAAGUUGACCCCAGACUCCUCAGUAAACUGCACGAAUAUUUUCACGAGCCAAAUAAGAAAUUCUUCGAGCUUGUGGGCAGGACAUUUGACUGGCACUGAUCUGCAAUAACCCAGGCUCGGAACCUUUCCUAUUGUAAGUUCUGGUGUAUAUCGGGGG